AUGUUCAUUAGUAGCGGCUCGAGAAUGAUAAGGAAAGUACGUUCCCUCAAAUACCAACAACAGAUGCUGGUUCUUGUUAUUCUUAUUCCAAUGGUAAUAAAAUGUGAAGAAGUUAAUGGAGAUAAACUCAAGAGUCAAUUGAAGGCAAUCUUAGAGGAUUAUCAUAAGGAAUAUGACAUUCAAUUAAAGUUGCUGGUAAACUUGAAGGCCAACUCAACACAGGAUAUGAAGCGAUUUUUUGAUGUAAUACCCAACAUUGAUGUUCCAAAAAUGCUGGUUACACAAUUUGUUCCUCCAAAGGAGUUAAACCGCCUACACCUAACAUUCAACAUGAAUUUGCUGACUAUAGCAGAAGUGAAUUCUCAGAAUCUAAAUCUGACAUUGAUGGUGCUCGAACAGCUGCUGUGGAAAAGGCAUUACACAAAAAUCAUUUUGCUGUUUGCAGGUGAAAAAUUUGAAUUACCAUUGCUAUUUAAGGCGGCGUUGGAAAAAGGCUUUACAUGGCUGUUGGUCUUAUGGCAGAACCAGACUCUGACCUACAGCCCAUUUAAGGCCAAUGUAGUCAUUCGUUUGGCUCAUUAUUCGCACUUCAGGCACAUGGCUCUGCUGAAUAAUUUUCAACAAAAAGUUUUUCGUGUGGCCGAUCAGGACUAUGCACCCAGAGGCUUCAGCUAUUACAAUCUGCAGGGUAAACUCAUCCGAAGUGGUUAUUAUUAUAAACUUGUGGAAAAUUUCUUGUUAACUCACAAUGGUAGCAUUGAGCACGAUUUUCUGGAUGUAUGGAAUGUCCCAAAACUAAAUGAUUUUCAAGGAUUCGAUUUUAUACCAAAUCAAUUGGGGCCAUUUGAGGACUUUUUGGAGAGUGAUGCCUUCCUCUAUACCAACUAUUGGCUGAUGGCUCCUACGUCCAAAGAAAUAAAACAAAGUUUGUGGCUAACAGCACCUUUUAGUCCAGCCAUAUGGCUAGCCAUCUUGAUAACUCUCAUCACGUUAGUAAUGCUGCUGGGCAUAAUGCCAAGUGAAUGUAAGGAUCAUCAGCUAAGGCAAAAAAGGGACUUUAGUGAGGCGUUGCUGCAGUCCUUGUGUGUUGUGCUCUACAUUUCCCUGACUAGUGUGGGCGGUGCUCAUCGCUAUAAAUCUCUGUUCCAUUUUGCUAUAUGUCUUAUCUUUUUGUACACUGGAUUUUCCCUGACAAAUCUCUACACCUGUUCCCUAUCGAGCAUUUAUACCACCCGCCUAUAUGAACCAGAAAUGCAAAGGAUUCAAGAUAUAGCCCACACCAAUUUACGAAUACUGGUACACACUGGAGAAAUGCCACGGUACAUGGGAAUUCAAAAUUUACCCUCCAUAUUCCAUGAAAGAUUGACAGCUCGAGCCAAUAACUCGGAAUUGCAAACAGAACGCAUACGCCUCAAUAUGAGCUUAUUAUACACCGGUCGUGGCGAUUUAAUCCAGUUGUUGUUCUUUCAACAGCUUUACAUGAAAAGGCCACGCGCAACCAUCAUAUCCGAGCCGAUUGUUGGAAGCCACAUGACCUUGACGUUAUUGCCGCAUUCCAUUGUCAUUGAACAAUUAAAUCGCUAUCUUCACAAUGUUCGCGAUAGUGGUCUCCUGCAGAAAUUCAAAUGGGAUAGUCAAUGGGAUGCCUUUAUGAGUGGCAAAAUUAAAUUUUUCCAUGAUGAUGCAAUGAAUCGAUCGCUAACAGUGGCCUAUUUCGAGUAUGCUUUUAUGAUAUGGUCCAUGGGACUAAUGGUGGCUUCAAUUGCUUUUGUAUGGGAACAUGGGGUACACAGCCAUUAUUACAUCAAUGGAUUUGUGAAGGAAAUCAUUUUUCACAUUCGUAUCACUCGUUUUGAUAUUUAA